AUGGCUCCCCUGUCCCUCUUCAGGUACCUCCGAAUGGUUCGAUCUUCCCUCUUCCAUGCCGAAGACCAACUCAAUACCUACACUCUUUUCAAUUCGACUGUCCGACUUAUCAUGAAUGGCACCAAGCGAAAGAGCCCCGAUGGCGGAGACAUCUCACCACCUCCGCUCAAACGCAAAGCAAUAGGAACAGCGACCAAUAAAACUGUAGCCAAUUUUUUCACCCCAGUAUCACAAAAGAAACCGGAGCAAGUCACAUGGAGAACUGUGAACAAUAGUUGCAUUAUCGGAAAAUACCACCAAGAGCAAGCUCUGGAGGCGGUUAAAUCUGGCAAGAAACGACGUAUUGCCGCCUUCGAUCUCGAUUCGACUCUGAUCGCAACUAAAUCCGGCAGACGAUUUCCAACAAACGAGCGUGAUUGGAAAUGGUGGAGUCCAAGUGUACCCGAUAAGCUGAAGCAGCUGAACGAUGAAGGGUAUCUGGUUGUUGUUCUAUCGAAUCAGAAAGCCAUAAGCUUGAAAAAGGAUUUGAAAGGCGGCAGAGUAGAGUCAAAGAGCUUGUCUAUAUUUAAGCAAAAGGUUGCGGCGAUUAUGCAGACUUUGGAUAUGCCAUUUAGCGUUUACGCUGCCACAGCGAGCGACGAAUUUAGAAAGCCUCGUAUGGGGAUGUGGAGGGAGAUGCUCGAUGACCAUGGCCUAAGUGUUGCCGGUUUAUUAGAUCUUGAACAAUCUAUAUUUGUUGGAGAUGCAGCAGGACGCGAGGGUGACCAUUCCUGUGUGGAUCGAGAUUUCGCAGCGAAUGUCGGAGUUCCGUUUGAGACACCUGAAGAAUUUUUCCUCGAUGAGGCUCCAAAGCCUAUUUUGAGAGCGUUCGACCCAAAAGCAUACAUUGUUGACUCAUCGGCAGACGAACCAACUAUCACUUUCUCAAAAAAGAGCGAUGUCGAACUUGUCAUAUUUUGCGGGAGCCCGGGAUCGGGAAAGUCCACCUUCUACUGGAGAUAUCUAGAGCCCCUUGGUUACGAAAGAGUGAAUCAGGACAUAUUGAAGAGCCGUCCUAAAUGCCUCAAAGUUGCAAAAGAAUAUUUACAAGCUGGAAAGUCUGUGGCAGUCGACAAUACAAAUGCGGGCCCAGAAACUCGAGCGUACUGGAUUGAUCUCGCAAAGGAAACGAACGUUCCCAUCCGAUGCAUAUACCUGUCCACCCCACCACAGAUCUGCAAACACAACGAUACAGUUCGUGCAGCAAAUCCAGGGAUCGAAUCGAUAAAUCCCGAGUCGCGCUCCUCCCUACCUGGAAUAGCGUUCGGUGAUUUCCAGCGCCGAUUCCAAGUGCCGAUGCUCUCCGAAGGAUUUCAGGAUAUCACGCAUGUCGAAUUCAAAUUCCAAGGAACACCUGCUACGAAGGAGGUUUGGGGCCAGUAUUGGAUCUAA